AUGGCGGCGCAGGAGCUAAACCCGAAUUUACCGCCUUCGGAGGCAACAAACGCUGUUCUUGUUCCGUCCGAUGAACUACCAGAAGGAGCUCAGAAAGUUGAGGAGAUCGAUUUUAAUGCUUUCAAGGGGCGACCGAUUACUGUGGAUGAUGUGCUUGGAGGCAUGAAACAUAUGGGCUUCCAGGCAUCUUCUAUGGCCGAAGCAGUACGGAUUAUCAAUGACAUGCGAGCAUGGCGUGACCCGGAGACGGGCGACAAGACGACGAUAUUUCUUGGCUAUACAUCUAAUAUGAUUUCAUCUGGACUAAGAGGCAUAUUUCGAUACCUAGUAGAGAACAAGCACGUCUCGUGCAUAGUCACAUCUGCAGGUGGUAUUGAAGAAGACUUCAUCAAAUGCCUCGGCGACACAUACAUGUCUUCCUUCAGCGCUAGAGGGGCCGAGUUAAGAGCUAAAGGUCUCAACCGAAUAGGCAAUCUGAUGGUUCCCAAUGCGAACUAUUGUGCAUUUGAAGACUGGGUUGUGCCUAUUCUAGACAAGAUGCUCGAAGAGCAAGAAGCAAGCAAAGGAACUGAAGAGGAAAUCAACUGGACCCCAUCCAAGGUUAUUCACCGGCUCGGAAAGGAGAUCAACGACGAGAGAUCAGUAUAUUACUGGGCAUACAAGAAUGAUAUCCCCGUGUUCUGUCCAGCUCUGACAGAUGGUAGUUUAGGUGAUAUGCUAUAUUUCCACACGUUUAAAGCCUCACCAUUGCAGUUGAAGAUCGAUAUAGUGGAAGACAUUCGACGCAUCAACACCAUAUCCGUACGGGCAAAACGAGCCGGUAUGAUUAUAUUGGGCGGUGGAGUUAUCAAGCAUCAUAUCGCAAAUGCCUGCUUGAUGAGAAACGGAGCCGAGUCUGCCGUUUAUAUCAACACUGCCCAGGAGUUUGAUGGUAGUGAUGCUGGCGCCCGGCCAGAUGAAGCGGUUUCCUGGGGAAAGAUUAAAGUGGGAGCAGAUCACGUAAAGGUCUACCUCGAGGCUUCCGCGUGUUUCCCUUUCAUUGUAGCCAGCACGUUUGCCAAGGAUGGACUUAUGAACGAAGUUAACGAUACGGUGGGAGGCGAGCCAGCCGACGAUGCUACGAAGGAGGAAUGGGAUCGCUACUUGGGCAUUUACAUAAAGGAACUGGAUCGGGUCUCCGGGUCGAGCUCAUGGCCUCAACUUGAAAAGGCUGAACGGGCUUCCCGCUAUAAUGGAUCGCGGUAUGAUGGCGAUUCGCGCCGCUCUAGGUCUCGAGAUCGCUCGCCAGAUCGGAGAUCGCUGUAUAGUGACGGCGGACCGCGACGUUCUUCUGCUGAAUCUCGAGUGAAUACCUCUGCGUUUCAGACCAACCGGGAUAACUUUCGCGAUGCCCCCCUUUCAAGAGACCCCCCUCGGGGCCCAAAAGCCUUACUCGAUGCGCCUAGCGGGCCUCGCGGAGGAGGAUAUUCCGGAGAUUUCCGCGGUAGGGGUCGCGGAAGGGGUAGAGGUUGGCGAGAUGAUAGCCGGGACCGCGGGAGGGAUAGGGAUAUCGAUUUCAGAGAUCGGAGAGACAACUCUUACCGCGAUGAACGCAGCCGAGAACGUGAUCGUGGUGAUUGGCGGGACCGUGAUCGAGAUAGCUUCAGAGGACGGCGACCAUCACCCCGUGGACGAUCGCCCCCCGGCAGGGAUUUUCGGGAUUCGAGAGACUUGAGAGAUGCUCCACUAGGCGUCGAUGCGGAGCGCGCUCGACGUGGAUCAAGGGACGGACCACUUUCGGCCGGAUCAUCUUCAUCUGAUCCUCCUUUUGGGCCUUCGUCCUAUCGCGGUGGAUACGGCCCGGCUUUUAGAUCGCGUUCUCAAGAGGGACGAUACCGAGAUCGAGACGACCGCGAUCGCGACAAUAGAUAUCUCGAUCCCGACUUGCGCCCACGCGAUCAUCGAGAUGAUCGCGAUGUGCGAGACCGCGAAGUUCGGCCCAAACUCGAGAGAGCAUCGCACGAACCGCCCCCAUUACCGCCAAAAGACGUUUCGCCCCCUCCAGUCGCUCCAGCUGCGCCAUCCUUUGGAUCGGUACCGAACAGAACUGCCUCAACGUCUGAGGCCGGACCGGCCAUGGGCAAGGCGCCGCCAACAGGACCAAGGGCACUCAAAGAAGAGCGACCAACGGCGCCUGGCCCUGCGCCUAAUACAGAUCCAAGACUGCCACCUAUCGGUCCAUCUAGAUCGUCCUUCCUGGAAAUGAGCCCUACCACUAUUCCUUCUGGUCCACGCUCCCAAACACGGCCAGGCCCCUCGAGCAAGCAAUGGAUCAAUCCUAAUAUUAAGAAUCGGGUCCCCGAAUCACCUAAGCUAAGUAGAUCUCAGAGUCUAGCCCAACCGCGACCUGUCGGAUUCCGUCCCGACGGAACGCAUUCAGAUCAGCCGGUGGAUAACGACCAACGACCGCCUAGUGGCGAUGCAAAAGUAGACCUACAGCCAGCUUCGGUAGAUAAACAUGUUCAUGACUCCCAUACCGCAGAUCUAGGUGAGGCGGCUGUUAGACAUGAUCAGCCACCUCAGUCUGAUAGGUCGUCUUUGGAUCGAGAACGUCAGCCUCAGGAGCGACCUGGUAGCAGAGGUAAGAAUGAAGACGGCGAGAUAGACGAGAGCGGUCGCUCUGUGGAAGAGAUGCCCACUGUGGAACUGAAGACCAUACCAGUGACGGACGCGGCAAAGCCAAAACCAGAGCGAAAGCCUAUCCUCAAAGUAUCCUUGCGACACGUUUCCUUGCCUCAGAAGGAAGUGAAAUUGCCUAUUUUGGAUCAGUCAUCGGAGUCAGACGAUGAGGAAUUUGGUGAUGUCAUUGAAUCGCAAAUGGCUGAAGUAGAGGCAAAGUUAAAGCGGCUUGAGGGGAUUGAGGAAGCCGUACCAACGGAUGCUAUAAUGCGACACGCGGUGGUGUCACUCGAGGCUAUUACGAAAAUUCUGAACGAGCCUGAAAAUUUAGGAGAGAUGGUUGGUCGUGUUCCGGACGAUGUUUCUCCGCCUGGUAAAAUACCUACGGAACCAGAACCCCAGGUUGAGGAGGCUCCGGUAGUCGAAGAUACUAAGGAGUGGAAGAACCGACCCCAGCGGUUGCAGCUCCAAGUGCAGAGCUUCCCCAGCCAUCUAUCGAGCACGACAUCGAUGUACCCCACGACUCAGGAGGCGCCUCUCGACGAACAACACAGACCAAAGAAUGACGACGGAGAUGUACCUAUGGAAGAUGUAUCAGACGCUGCCCAGGUCGAUUCUGAAUUACAGGCCCCACUCCGAACUCAACUAUCAGCUCCUCAUAAGCAAUCUAUUGAACCGCCGUUUGAGGAAGCUCAGAUACAAUCGCAAGAAAUCAGUAAAAGGGGCUCAAGCACGCCAUCUCCAGGGGAAGAUGAAGACGAAACGGAUAUCGAGGAUGUUGACCUUCAGACGAUCGAGAUUGUCCGUGAGCAUAUGGCAACUCCUCCAAUUGAGAGUCUACCCUACUUUGAUGAGAAACCAUGGUUUAAGGACGCGGCUUUCCUAAAGUCGAUAGACGCUCAGCAGCCGAGCCUCAAUUCAUUCAUCUUGGAAAGGCUAAAAGACGAAGCACAGCACCGGUUCGUAGAGGAGACGCGGAUGAAGUCGAUCUACGACGUGAACUAUAAUAACUAUCUACGAUUCACUAUGUCUAACGAUCCUGUUGCUGUUAAGAGCCGGGAGAAGUUUACUUGCAUCGCUGGAGUGGAGAGCAAUGGCCACAAGCCUGGUUUCCACGAGUCGAAGCCUGAAGGGACAAGGCGUAGCAGAUACGCAUCAGAACGUGAUCUGGAACGAAUCUUGGAGGAGUCGCGACGCGUAGAGGAUGAGAAAAGGGAGCGGCAAAUGCAGGCAGAAAGAGAAAGAUACAGGACUGAGAAGGAAGCAGUAUUACCUCGUCAGUAUCAGGAACCUACGGAGCGAGAGAAUGAUUUCUAUCGAGAUGUGACUGGGUUUAUUCAACCCGAGAAAAUUGUAGCAGCUUGGCAAACUUUACCCCCCGUGGAUAAUUUUACCGAGGAAGAAACCGCAAUAUUCGAAAAGGCUUAUCUCGAAUUUCCUAAGCAGUGGGGUCGUGUCUCCGACCCGUUAGCGAAUAGGGACUUUGGAACCAGUAUCCAGUUCUAUUACCUUAAGAAAGAGAAGAAUGAACUCAACCUAAAGGAGAAGUUGAAGAAGCGUCCGAGGCAGCGUAAGAAGGGCGGACGCGGCAAACAACGGUCUAGUGCACUGGUCUCCGAACUUGGUAAUGGGGAUAACGAGAACGAAGAAAACCAGGAGACGGGCGAAAAUGGAGAGCGGCGCCGACCUAGGCGUGCGGCCGCUCCUACUUUUAACUCAGAGGCCACACCGGCCACGGACGGCGAAGGAACACCGGUCGGUACUCCUGGACGCAGAGGGGCCGGUUCUAAGGGAGACGGAAGCUCCGAGAAGCCAGAACGCAAGCCUAGAGGGCGCCGGGCUGCUAAGGACAGAGAAGCGAAACAACCCCGGGUCAACCAGACACUUGCAGCGGCCCCGCCUCCGGUGAUUAAAGGUAACCGCUCGCGAUCCAGCUCUCGGGUUCAUGGCCCGGAAUGGACCUCUCAGCAGGUACCGAACGAAGCAGGUAGGGUUCCAACUCAGUACGAAUUAGCUCCAAGCACUACGGCCGUUCCACCGGUUACUAUUCCCGCGCCAUUCCCACACGCGCAGCCGAUGCUCAGUCCCGAAAGGGGUGUUCCUCCUCCGCCUCCACCACCGGUCUCGAUGUCAAUGGACGCGAUGGGUCCUCCGCCUUUGCGCCCCGAGCCGCCGCAACAACCCUCUGUUGCUAUGCUUGAUCUUGGCACUCCUACAGUAUCUGAUCGCAGAACCGCUACGCAGGCAUCUAGUUACUGGAGCGUACCUGAAGCGAAUGAUUUCCCACAGUUGCUUCGUUCCUUCGGAAGCGAUUGGGCAGCUAUUGCUACGCAUAUGCGGACUAAGACUCCAGUCAUGGUAAAAAACUUUUAUACCCGAAAGAAAGACACUAACGAUUGGCAAGACAUCGUUAAGGAGGCGGAUGCUAAGAAACAACGAGGAGAGAAGAGGCCUGCGCCUCCAGCACCUAGUUCUGGUGUUAAAAAGCGCUAUGAAACAUCUGGUAAUCGACCACUCGCAGCCGCUGAUGCGGUUAUGGAAGAUAGUCCUGGCGCAAAAGUCGAGCAUUCUCAACCCGCACAGCCGACGACGGGUCGCUUCAACGUUCCGAUCGCAGCCCAACCGCAGCCUACGCUCUUGCAGGCAUCAUUCGUGCCGCCUCAGGCUUCGAUGGCCCAGAGCCACGGCGCUACCCCGCCUGGAUCCCAGCCUCUAGCUCAGCCAGUGACGCAGACCAUGUCUCCUCGGCCUAUGAGGGCACCUUUUUCAUUUGGCGAAAGAGAACGGGAAAUGCCGCCUCAGCAGACUCCUCGCGUUCCAUUAAUUCAGAAGACGACCCAGCAAGGGCCUCCGGCGGCACCCGAACCCCCCAUGGGGAGACAUCCUUUGCCUACAUCCCUUAUCGAGCCUCAGUCAGAACGGCCUAAAGUUGAACCUAAAAUUCCAAAGGAACAGCCUCGUCACCAGGAUCGUCAACACCUCCGUGUGAAGCAGGAACCGGACCUUAUCCACCAGUAUGACCCGUAUGCUUCUCAGACCCACCAAAAUAUUCGAAUGGCAUCAUCUCGUCCGGAUAGUGUAUCCAUGUCUCGUCCUCCAGACCCUCCUCGUGCCGUAGCCCCAGCACCAGUGCCGGCCCCACAGGCGCCCUUUGCCACUAUCCUUCAACAUCACAGCCGAGCAUUAUCAGGCGAGGGUAUCCCAUCUCCACGUUCUCGUCCAAUGCCAAAUCUUUCACGGCCGACAUCUGGGGCUAGCAGUGGAACGGAGCCGUUCAGCGCUCCGCCAGCACAACCUACGCCGCCUGCUGUUGUCUCAACGCCCACCCCCAACCAGACGUAA